CCGCCCACUUUACUACAUAACGCGGCUCAGUCAUUCUUAUGAAACGGGGAAAAACACAUUGAUUUGGCUUCGAUGCGACGGUUGAGAACGGAUAGAUCACCUCUUUUUGAUUUAGCAGACAGACCGAGGCGGCGCCAGCGCGUCGGACAUGUCGAUCUACAGGAACGCCGUGUGGUUCGUGAAGGGACUGCAGGAGUACACCAAGAGCGGUUAUGAAGCUGCAGCGAAGCACUUCGCUCCAGCGGACCUGGAUGUGAACCUGAGUGGGCGGUCCUUCAUGAUAACGGGCGCCAACAGCGGGAUAGGAAAAGCCACGGCGCAGGAAAUCGCCAACAGAGGGGGAAUUGUCCACAUGGUGUGUCGGAACAAGGGCCGAGCAGACGCAGCCAAAGAUGAAAUUGUGGAACGGAGCAAGAAUCAGAACGUUCACGUCCACAUCGUCGACAUGUCCAGCGCGAGGCAAGUUUGGGAGUUUGCCCAGAGCUUCUCACAAAACGACACUGUUCACGUGCUGAUCAACAACGCCGGCUGCAUGGUCAACCAGAGAGAGUUGACUGAGGAGGGACUGGAGAAGAACUUUGCCACGAAUACACUCGGAACAUACAUCCUGACCACAGCACUGAUUCCUGCACUGAAGAAGGUUGAAGAUCCACGAGUGGUCACCGUGUCGUCCGGCGGCAUGCUCACACAGAAGCUGAACGUGGGCGACCUCCAGUUUGAGAAGGGGACGUUCGACGGCACCAUGGCCUACGCCCAGAACAAAAGGCAGCAGGUGAUUCUGACGGAGAGAUGGGCUUCUCAACACAAAGAGGUCCACUUCUCCUCCAUGCACCCGGGCUGGGCGGACACACCAGCCGUCCAGCUGUCCAUGCCGUCCUUCCACGCCAAGAUGCAGGCCAAACUGAGGACGGAGGCCAUGGGGGCCGACACCGUGGUGUGGCUCGCUGCGUCUCCAGCUGCCGUCAAACAGCCGAGUGGACUCUUCUUCCAGGAUCGCACGGCGGUGGCGACUCACCUGCCUCUGGCCUCCUCCAGGUCCACGCCGCAGGAGGACGAGAAGCUUCAGGCCGUGCUCGAGGAGUUCGCCCUAAAAUUUAAACCUUAGUGUCUCAGAAAAUGCACUUCUCACUAAUUAUUAUUAUUAAUGUUUACAUCAUGAUAUUGCUAUAAACCAGACACUUUUUAUUGAUACCUCAAAGAACAAUCUUCCCCAUCAUGUGUAGUUGAGGUUAUUUUUUUCAUCAAAGAAGAAUCUUUUACAGAUGUUGGGUCCAUUCUCUAAUGGGCUGAUUAAAACAAGGUAGUUGAAAUUAGCUUUUUGACCAAAACUUAAUAUAAUAUGCUGAAUACUGUAUUCAUAAAGGAUAUGUGUAUAGUAAAAAAGGUAAUCUAUGUAUUAUCUGUAAAAUAAAUCUUGUGAUAAAUGUC